CCGAGCGCGCCGCUUCCUGAUUGGCUAUCAACGUUCUCGGCUAAUCUCGCGCGCCCUGGCUGGCCCAAUGGGGUUGCCCGCGGUCUAGAGGCCCGCAGCGGUGGAGUGGUGGUGCAGCUGUUUCUUUGGGACAUCAACUUUCAGCAGAAGGAGCAUCACAAGUGAAGGGGUCUGUUUUAGCCUGUAGUUGCUGCUCACAAAAUGAGGAUGCAGACUCUGAAUUGUUGGUUUAGAUGUUCUUCAUGCAAGAGCAAUAUACUGAAGGAGAGAAGUAUGCUAUGUUGAUCAAUGAUUUCAGUGAAAGCUGAGGACGUUGAAACAAAGUUGCAAAUGAUAGAAAACUUCUAAGAGAGAGGCAGAAAGUAAAGACAGAAUUGUGCAAACUUUUUUCCUCUGUGCGGGUGAUGGGAGGCUUCCUCUAAUAAAUGGACGAUAAAGGCUUAUCUCAAGUGCUGUGAGCCCUGGAAGAGCUGUCUUCAGCACUGCACCAGGAGUACUUUUUGCUGCUUUCAUGAGCCUGGACAUUUCCUAACCAUUUGCAUUCCAUAUUGGAAGAAGAGAUUUUUAUACAUGAAAAAUGCCUUUGUUUAGUAAAUCACACAAAAAUCCAGCAGAAAUUGUGAAAAUUCUGAAAGACAACAUGGCCAUUUUGGAAAAACAAGAAAAAAAGACAGAAAAGGCUUCAGAAGAAGUGUCAAAAGCACUGCAAGCAAUGAAGGAAAUUCUGUGUGGUACAAAUGACAAGGAGCCCCCAACAGAGGCAGUGGCUCAACUAGCACAAGAACUCUACAACAGUGGGCUGUUGGUGACACUGAUAGCUGACCUGCAGUUUAUAGACUUUGAGGGGAAAAAAGAUGUGACCCAGAUAUUUAACAACAUCCUGAGAAGACAAAUAGGCACUCGCUGUCCUACUGUGGAGUACAUUAGUGCUCAUCCUCACAUCCUGUUUAUGCUCCUCAAAGGAUAUGAAGCCCCACAGAUUGCCUUACGUUGUGGGAUUAUGCUGAGAGAAUGUAUUCGACAUGAACCACUUGCCAAAAUCAUCCUCUUUUCCGAUCAAUUCAGAGAUUUCUUCAAGUAUGUGGAGUUGUCAACAUUUGAUAUUGCAUCAGAUGCCUUUGCUACCUUUAAGGAUUUACUAACCAGACAUAAAGUGCUGGUCGCAGAUUUCUUAGAACAAAAUUAUGACACUAUUUUUGAAGACUAUGAAAAACUGCUGCAGUCUGAAAAUUAUGUGACUAAGAGACAGUCUUUAAAGCUGCUAGGUGAACUGAUCCUGGAUCGUCACAACUUUGCCAUUAUGACCAAAUACAUCAGCAAGCCAGAGAACCUGAAACUCAUGAUGAACCUCCUUCGGGACAAAAGCCCCAAUAUCCAGUUUGAAGCUUUUCACGUCUUUAAGGUAUUUGUGGCUAGUCCUCACAAAACACAGCCAAUUGUGGAGAUUCUGCUGAAAAAUCAACCCAAACUCAUUGAGUUUCUGAGCAGCUUCCAAAAAGAAAGGACGGACGAUGAGCAGUUCACAGACGAGAAGAACUACUUGAUUAAACAGAUUCGUGACUUGAAGAAAGCAGCCCCAUGAAGCCCCUGCUAUUGCCUUGCCACGCCAUUUGUCUCCCUCACCCUGUUUGUAUAAUAUCAUUUCAGAAAGUCAUUGUUCUUGGGAAGGCUUGGGAGGUGCCUGGUUUUUCUCAAUUAAUUGUUUGGGAUAGAUGGGAUAAACAUUUGAAUGAAAAAAUAAUAAUCUAGAAUAAUAUAUUCAUUUUAAUCAAGUGAUUAUUUAUGUGAAAUCAGAGCUAUUAUAUUAGGCAUUUGACAAAAGCAACUUUAGCAUCAUGGAGCUGAAGCCUGGGCUACUAGGAGCCACCAAAGGGUAGUGGUGGUGGCUCCUCUGCAUCCUGAGGCCUGGAUUGUGGAGCCAGGAGGUGGGGAAGUUAUGCCCAUCUGCAUUUCCACAGACAGGUUUCUUAAGGCAUUGACUAUCCUGAGUAUCCUUUUGCUCCCUACUUGAUACCCUCUGACUGUAAUUAGUCAUUCCUAAUUUCCUGAGUCCACCUCCUAGCUCACUGUCUGCUCACCAGCCCACAUUCCAUCCCACCCAGGCAGGACAAGAAUGGGUUGACAUGGCCACAGGGCCCUAGAGGAACAUGGAGAAUAACCUGCUCAUAAGAGAACUAAGCAGGUGGUUUGAGAAUUCGCUGUGUUCUACAUCAACUUCUAGAUAAUUGUCAUAAUCUCUCAUGAUUGCGUAGUGAUGAUCAUGUGUUUUAGGAGUAGGAAUCAUUGCAUUGGAUGGCAGCAGGUCCAGAUGGGCCCAGGCAGCUGCACUAGGGGAUUUCUACCAAUAUGGUGACAUGGCCCUUGAAGGGGCAAUGAUUUGUACAUGAAAAAGUUCUCAAUUAGCUUUCAUUCUAUAGCUGUUCAUCAAAAUAGUCAGUAAAAGGUUUUUAAAAAUUAAAAAUUGGUCCAUUCCAAAUACACUCUUGCAUACUUGAUAAUUAAGGAAUUAAUUUGUGUAGCUUUAAUCUACAUGGGAACCAAAAUCAAUUUGUGAAAGGCCAUGGCUUAUUUUCAGGCAAAAAAAAAAAUAUUUACAAGACCUUAAAGGUAUGAUUGCAAAUCUGUUUUUUUGUUUCGUUUUUAAUAAUUAUUUCUAAAUCAUGAGUUGUCACCUAUGUUGCCUCAGUUUUUACUAUACUUUGGUACUGUGUUCCUUUUCCUCAGUCAUUCUCUACCCAGAGAGAAACAUGUUCCCCAGGAUCCCUGCCCUUUGUAGAUUCUGUGCCUGAAGAAUUCCCUGGUAGGGUGUCUCUCUCGGCUGGGGCACAGGUAUGUGACAUCUGGGUCCAGCAUGGAGCCUACAGCAGAAGGUUAGGGGGAUGUGACUCACCUCCUCAUCAUAGCUUUGGCUGGAGCCAGCAAGGGAGGAUCAGCUUCAGCCCCUGCUGACCUGCAUUCUUCAGUGCUAAAGUCAGAUUAUCUUCAUGACAUUUCCUAUAGUCUACCUACUUGAUAAAAAGAGAUGAAUGUAAACACUAAAAACCAAAGUGAAAUGCCCACUGGAAAUGGAUUCAGUGACUUCACAGGAUUCCAUAAGAUGAAAUACAUGUUUUCAAUUGGAAAUGAAGGCCUUAUUCUAAUUUUUUUGUAAUAAAGAAAACACUUUACUUCCUC